UCUAUCUCCCGAAAGUCUAGCUUAGCUUCGAGCCAAAUAGUCACAAUGGCGUCUUCAAAGAUAACGCAGUGCUCUGCAUGCCUCAUCCACCGCCUCGAUAGCCUCAAUCCUUGCCUUGCGCCUCCACGACCACCUUGAAGUUCCUCCACGACCCCGCCUUGAGCAAUCCAAUACCCCGCCAUCCAGACGCACUUGAGACGAAUCCGUCUCUAUACACUGCAAAUGACUCUCUGGAAGCCAGAGUCUGGCGCAAUGGCAGCCCCCCAGCUCCUCGUUGGCAAGAACAUGGCCAUUACCGGCGGCGUAACAGGCAUCGGCCGCGCCAUCGUUCUCGGCUACCUGGCUCACGGCGCACAUGUCGCAGUAAACCAUCUUGGCGACGCAAGAUCGUCUUCACUAUUCCAGUCGCUGAUCGAAGAGGCCAUAAAAAGUUUAAAGAUCAGUAAAGAGGAUGUAGAGAAGCGGUUAAUAGAGGUACCAGGCGACGUAGGAAACCCUGAGACGGGGAAGCAGUUGAUCAAGGCCGUGGUGGAGAAAUGGGGACGGCUAGACGUGGUAGUGAGCAAUGCCGGAAUUUGCGAGUUCAAGGAGUUCUUGGAAAUCACACCAGAAAUCUGGAACGCCACCCUCACCACAAACCUAACGGGCGCUUUCAACACCAUCCAAGCCGGCGCCCGGCAACUCGCCUCCCAAACACCCCCCGGUGGUUCUAUAAUCGGCAUCUCGUCCAUCUCCGCGCUUGUCGGUGGUGCCUUCCAGGGCCACUACACGCCUACGAAAGCAGGCGUGCUUUCGCUCAUCCAGUCGUCUGCUUGCGCUCUAGGCGAACAUGGGAUAAGGUGCAAUGCGUUGUUGCCGGGGACCAUCAAGACGCAGCUCAAUGAGAAGGAUCUCGAGGAUCCUGAGAAGAGGAAAUACAUGGAGGGCCGGAUACCGUUGGGUAGAACAGGUGUACCGAGUGAUCUUGCUGGACCUGCAGUCUUCCUCGGUAGCGAUCUUAGUAGCUACGUCAAUGGUGCCCAGCUCUUGGUUGACGGAGGACUGUUCGUCAAUCUGCAAUGAUUAUCCUGUAGACAGAAUAGACUAGUAUUUCCCAAGAACUUUUGCACA